GGCGGAGCUGGUUUAUGACAACUCUGUCAGAUGUCAUCUGACAUAAUCACAAAGGAGCAGCUCAGCAUGAUUGUUACUGGUUUGUCAUGCUACACCACUUCCUGUAUAGCAGGGCAAAGUUUAGAGCUUCACUCUGUGAUUGGUGGAUGACCUCAUUCUGAGCUGUACCGGGACACUGAAGGUGACUGACGGGUCAUCUGACCAAUCAGAGACACAGGCAUCAGGUGUGCAGGAUGACAGAUGACUCAAACUCCUCCCCCGCUGACAUCGUAUGAGAAAGUUCAAAAUCUGUCCGCUCACCUGGAGAGCUCCUCUUUAACUCAAGCUCCCUUUACACACCCACCCCCACACACACACACACACUGUACAGAGGUUUCUCACACACACACACACUUGGCUGUUGAAGCCAUGGCAGACACGCAGAGAAAACUAACCCAGAAUCCUCUGGAGAAAACCUGGGGUCCAUGGAUGAAGAGCAGGCUGAGCCAGCGCAGAGGCUCAUCUGUGCCCCAGUUCACCAACUCCCCGACCAUGAUAGUGAUGGUGGGACUCCCAGCAAGAGGGAAAACCUACAUCUCAAAAAAGCUCACCAGAUACCUGAACUGGAUCGGAGUGACUCAAUCGUUCAAUGUCGGGCAGUACAGAAGAGACGCCACACGCACCUACAACAGCUUCGAGUUCUUUCGACCCGACAACGCCGAGGCCAUGAAGAUACGCAAGGCCUGCGCCGUCGCUGCCCUGAAAGAUGUGUGUAACUACUUCACCAUAGAGCAGGGGCAGGUCGUGGUUUUUGAUGCCACCAACACCACAACGGAGCGCAGAGAGGUCAUCCUCAACUUUGCCAAGGAAAAUGGGUACAAGGUUUUCUUUGUGGAGUCGAUAUGUGAUGAUCCAGAGAUCAUCGCUUCGAAUAUUAAAGAAGUGAAGCUGAGCAGUCCAGACUACGUAGGCUGUGACAAAGAGGAGGCUGUGGCUGACUUCCUGAAGAGGAUCGAAUGUUACAAGUUGAACUACGUCCCGCUGGAUGACAACAAGGACAGGAACUUGUCCUACAUCAAGAUCUUCAACGUGGGCAGCAGGUACCUGGUGAACCGGGUCCAGGACCACAUUCAGAGCAGGAUAGUCUACUACCUCAUGAACAUCCACGUCACCCCCAGGUCCAUCUACCUGUGUCGCCAUGGAGAGAGCGACCUCAACCUUGUGGGCCGCAUCGGAGGCGACUCCGGACUGUCGCCUCGUGGUGCAAAGUUUGCCAGUGCUCUGGGGACGUACAUGCGUGGGCAGUGUAUCACUGACCUGAAGGUGUGGACGAGCCACAUGAAGAGGACCAUCCAGACUGCCGAGGCUCUGGGAGUCCCGUAUGAACAGUGGAAGGCCCUCAAUGAGAUCGACGCUGGGGUUUGUGAGGAAAUGACAUACGAAGAGAUUCAGCAGAACUACCCAGAGGAGUUUGCACUGAGGGACCAAGACAAGUAUCGCUACCGCUACCCGAAAGGAGAGUCGUACGAGGACCUUGUCCAGCGUCUGGAGCCGGUCAUCAUGGAGCUGGAGAGGCAGGAGAACGUCCUGGUCAUCUGUCACCAGGCUGUCAUGAGAUGUCUGCUGGCUUACUUCCUGGACAAGACUGCUGAUGAGCUGCCCUACCUGAAGUGUCCUCUCCACACGGUGCUGAAACUCACUCCAGUCGCCUACGGCUGUAAAGUGGAGUCUGUCUUCCUCAACAUCGAGGCCGUCAACACGCACAGAGACAAACCAGUGAACGUGGACGUGGACAGAGACCCAGAGCAGGCUUUAGAGACGGUCCCAGAACACAUCUAGAGGACUCGGCAGGAAGCUGGUUUAAUAUCCGACCCCACCUCAUGGAAAGUGGCCUUUUUUUAAUUUAAGUAGUCGUAGUGUUCAUCGGUGUGAAAGAAGAGAGAGAGAGACAUUUCUCCCACGUGAGCCUACUUUCAUUGUGAAUGCACUUUAUAACGCAGGGCUCAGGCCACGUGUCUGUGAUAUGAAGGAGAGGUUUCUUUUACUGUGAAGAAUGAACUGCUGAACGCUGCCCGGACGACCAGUCUCACUGUACAGAUAUUCCUGAACACUAUCACCUGCAUGUCUCUGUCUCUGUCCGUCUUCUCUUCCUCUCCUCAUUACUGAUGCAUUAAUAUCUUUAAAUCAUUCAGUCAGUUCUUAACGUGAACUGGCAUGUUGUUCUGAGCCAUUUUGCAUCAUGUUAUCUUGCUUCCACAGUCACAGAGAAACAUCGUGUGAGAGUCCAAGUGACGGGUAAGAAGCAGAGGGUCUGUUUUUUAACUCGUAGCAGGACGUGGUCACAGUGUUGACUUUUGAGAAAUACACUUCUUGCCGAGAGUUAGAUGAGAAGAUCAAAACCACUCUGAUGUUUGCACAGUUAGUACCGUAAAAAAUAACUCAGCGGGUAAUCAAGGAAUGGACGCAUACUCUGACUUUAUGAUCGCUCCAGAGGUCCCCACUUUUUUGUCAUCUAUUCAGUUCAAUUCAGUUUUAUUUGUAAAGCCCAAUAUCACAAACAGCGUUGCCAGGUGUACGAUAAUUAUUGUAUUUGUGCGAUAAUUUGGCCCUCUGUACGAUGUACAAUCAAUAAUUCCAAAAAAGGCCAAAUGUACGAUAAUUUGACCAUUUCAUGAAUGUGUGGUUGUAAUCAGUAUGCCGGAGUUUUUUUUUGUGAGCCCUGAAGGCAUCUGUUCCCAUGUGACAUGUUUCCAGCCAAUCGCACUUUGCUUAGCGUGAGAUAUGGAUGACGUUUGUCUCUGAACAAUGAGCACGAUUGGCUGAAUGGUCAACUGUACCGUCAGCGAGAAUGAGAUUCAAAACGGAAGAAGAAGAGGAAAAACAGAAGCAAGGAAAAUGGAAAAAAGUAAACACUAGAGUGAUUAUAUUUGAAAUACAAAAUACAAUAAUUUUGAGUCUCUGGUACGAUAAUCCUACAUUUCCCACCUGGCAACGCUGAUCACAAAUCACAGUCUGCCUCAGAGGCUUUACAGCAGACGUAGUCUCUGUAAACAGAAUCUACAUUCAGUGAAUGUAGAGCCGUCAGUCCCAUUUUCAUUAUGUGAUAUGUCAAGAAGGCUGACAGGGAUAUUUUUUAUCAAGUUUGGCACAAAUGUUCACUUAGACUCAAUAAUGAACUGAUUAAAAUUUUGGUGGCCAAAGGUCAGUGCGACCUUGCAACCGUCUCAUUCAGGUGAACGGGAUAUCUCAAGAAAGCCUCGACAGAGUCUCUUUAAAUUUGACAUAAAUGUUUACUUGGACCUCUCAAGAAUUUGGGGUAAAGGUCAAGGUCACUGUGAUCUUUCUUCUGUCUCGUCCUCAUUAUCAUUAACGUGAUACCUCAAGAGGGCCUUGAGGGAGUUUCCUCAAAUUUGGCAAAAACGUCCACUGCAGGUAAUAAUUUGAUGGUCAAAAGUCGCUGUGACCUAGCAAAACAUGUUUUUGCCUGUAAUUCAAGAAUUCAUAUGAAGUGAUGGCAUUUUAUAUCAAAAAGGUCAAAGGUCAGCGUCACUGUGACAUCAUUAUAGUCUGCAAAAACACAUUUCUGGCCAUUACUAAAUGUCAUAUCAGAAGGGGGGGGCAGGCAGGCAUUUGGUCAGUGAUGAAUUGGUUACUCUAAUCUUGGAAGAUGUGAGUUAAGCAUCUAUGUUUUUACAGACGGAUGUGAACUAUACAUGCAAGUGAGGCGUACAACUGCAGGGCGGUAAUUCUAAUUUCAUGUUUUAAAUUGCGUGUUGUUUACGUCCAUGUUUACUAGCUGUUUGUUUUCUUUUAUACUGACUUUGUUGACGAAUUACUGUACUUCCUCUUGGUGCUACAAAUUAAACCAACAGCAGGAUGUGAAUCGUGAAAACGUUGUUCCGUAGCGCCACUAGUGGUCAAAAACUUCAUAGGAUACCUUUUGAUUAGCAAAGCCUGGGAGAGCAAAAAGAAGUACAGUUUCCUCAGGGGCUCAUGUCUUUUAAGAAACCUGUGAUUUUUGCACAAAACAAAUGAGAUAUAAAGUGUUAAUUUGUGAGCUUUCAAGGUGCUGGUUGGUGGAGUUUGAUAUAUCCAGACAGAGCCAGGCUAUCUUUAUGCUAAGCUAAGCUAACAGCUUGCUGGGCCGAGCCUCAUAUUUACCACACAGAAAUGACAGUGGAUCGAUCUUCUCAUCAAACUCUCAGCAGGAAAGCAAAUAAGUGUAUUUCCAAACUAUUCCUCAAACUUGAACCAGCCUGUAACACCGAGUCAUUUCAUGUCACAGGAGGUACAUCAUAUAAGUGUCCACAUCACACUGGUGACUGGUUUUUGGGUGGAUGUUCGUCACAUUGGAAACGGAGAGAGCAGGUCGGCGUAGUCAUGGUGUUGACUUUGGUAUAAAUGCUGGGUGCAAACAUCCCACAAUCCUUUGAGGGUAAAACUAAUGGAACCAUUAGGCACUUUAACUGCCCAGAUACCAUGACGUGCCUCACACGAGUCAAAUCAGCAGGAUUAUUCUAUGCACCCUCCGCACACAGACACACACACACUGGAGGCAGACGUACAGUGUGUGUGUGUCUGCAGUGUGUUUUUAACUGACAUCAGUCAUUUUAAUAAGUUACCUAAGGGAUCUGGUGCAGUGUGUUAGUGUUUUUUAACAGGUUUACUUGGAGCUUAAUUUUUUGGGGCCUGUAGCACAAAGCAAUCUGGACUCAGUCUGCCCUCUUUGAUUCUGGGUAAAUAAUAUCAUGAAGCUGGUUAUAAAACAACUCUGUCAGCGUUAGAGGCAAAGUUAUUUAUUCACUUAUUCUUGAGUAGUGAGAAAAAACGUUAUUUUUCAGGGUUCUGAUUUUUUUUUUAAAUAGAUUUUAAAAGAUCAAGUCUCGACUGUUAAACAUUGUUUUGGGUCAACCUCCCGGUGAUUUGAUUUUUAUACCUUCAAGCUGGCGAAAGUCAUAGCUGGAGGCAUCAUGUUUUUUACAUUGUCCAUCCAUUAUCUCACAAACACCUUGAGGGAAUUUUUUUUUUUUUAAUUUGGCAAAAACAUCCACUUGGACUCAAUGAACUUGGAAGUCAGAGAGCGUCUCAAAUCACAUAAUUCUGUUUGUACACUUUAGUGUUGUACACUAUGUACACUUCUUGUGUGGUGCACUUAUUUCAACAAGGUACUGUUGUCUCACAUCGUGCGCUGCCGUUUGGCCCUUACCAGAAGGGACAAAACGGUGACUUGCAAAUGGACGGUGCAGCAUUAUCGCCAACAUUUGACCGCUGUCUCUGCCCACACAUAAACCAAACUUAUGCCAUUACCACUGUAGCUAGCAGCAAGUUAGCUAGCUGGCAAAUGUUAAGCUUAUGUUACUACUUGCAUUAUUGUUCGCGGUACCAUCAGUACAGACCCAACAAACAUGACUGCUUGUGUUCGGCAACAGUUUUGGUACUCAGUGCAAAAAACGUGUAACGCACAGGCGUCUUGUUGUCCCCACUUGCUGUGUCAAAAGUUGAGAAGUUUGUGAUGUAGCUUCCACUACGUCACAAAGAUGGCAACCGAAGAGUAGUGUCCAUCAUUCCACACUCAACUUUUAGACCUAGAACUUUGUGCACUAAAAAUAUUAAGUGUUUUGUACAGAAGUCUGAGAUUUGAGACACACUGAAAGGCUGUGUCCUUGCCGCAGCAGCCGCAGCUUCGAUUCCAGCCCACGGCCUUUUGCUGCAUGUCAUCCCUCCUCUCCCUCCCCCUUUUCACACCUGAAAUGUCCCAUCACAUAAAGACAAAAGAGCCACACACACACACACACGCAAAGAAUUCAAAAGCUUAUUAUGACAAAAUUCUGAUUCUGAUGUGUGAUGACAUUUUAUAUUCAAAAGGUGAGAGGUCAGCUUCAGCAUGACAUCAUCAUGUUUUGCAAAAACACUUUUCUCAGUGUCAUAUCUCAGGAACAGAAGGGGAGACAUUUGGUCAGAUACUGAAUUAUUGUCGGGGGGGUGAUGUGUGUAAAGCAUCUGUGUUUUCACAGACAUGGAUGUAAAGUAUAACUGUGAGUCGACUGGUUCUCGGAGGCAUGAACCACGAGGGGGUUAUUCUAGUUUUAAAUGGUGGGCUUCAACAAAUAAGGCAGUGUGGCGCGUCUUGUGUUUUGCAGCUUAUCUUACAAAAAGCGCUCUGUCUGAUCGGGACCGAGUGGUGCAGUUACCAUGGUGAUCUGACGCGUUUAGAAGUGAACCAGCUUCAUGAUACCCGAGUUAAACCCACACUCAGCCAGCUAACACACUAAUCUAAUCAGGCUUGGUGCUACAGGCCCCCAGGUGUGUGCUUCUUUCUUUGUGUCACCUGGGGGAGCAAUAAAAAACAAAAUCUUCUCAGGGGACCUUAAUUUAAAAAAAAGAAAAAAAAAGAAAAGGUUGCCAGCACACAGUACAGUGUAAAUACUUGCUUGUACUUCUUACCACAGUGUGUGAUGAGUAUCAGUCAGAAAACUAGGAUCUUAACUAUCAACCCGUCCUUUGAAACACUUGUUCAGUUCUUAAAGUCAGUGGUAACAAAUCCACAGUGUCGAACCAGUGAACUCGUGCUCUUUUCUGUAUGUACAUGUGCAAUGGUGCCUGUGUGUCCUGUUAUACGUAGCGAGUGGGAUGUAAGAGAGACAAGAACACAGUCCUGUCUAACAGUAAUGAGUGUAUAUGAGAGAAAUGAAUGAAAAGACAAUGUUAAUAAAUGCAAUCACUGAUGUAGAAUCUAAUGUAAAAAAGAUUUUAUUUUCUGAACUUGAACAAAGAACUGUUAUCUUUAAAGUCCAGGCAAUAAAAUAAAAAAUGAAUACCUGA